CUGCCAGAAGAUAAUUCGUUGAUUACUCCUGACGGGGACGUUUGCCUACAAAAUGCCUCAACGUUCCCACGAGCUUUUGUUGUUUUGCGCGGGAGACCAAUGCACGCAUCAGUGAAAAUUGUUAUUUAAAAAAUAGUGUGCCAUUGUGUCACUUCUUGAUGAUAUCAGUGUCAAUUCGGGGUGAACAUGUCGGUGAUGGAAGUGAAAUUUCCAAGCGAUGAGCAGCCUGGGAAAAUUAUCAAGUGGAGAGUAUCAAGGGAUACUAUGGUGUCUGCUGGGAGAAUCCUUCUUCUUUAUCAUGGGGUUGGAAAUGAUGGGAAAACUGGGGAGAAGAAACUACGUGCUACGCAGUUUGGAAGGAUUAAUUGUCUCCUGGUGAAGCCUGGGGAUCUUGUCGAGCCUGGGCAGGUGUUGCUACGAAUGACAGGCUGUAAACAUCCAACAGUGAUGAAGGACUUGUGUGCUGAGUGUGGGGCUGAUCUGAGGGCAGAAGCUCUUGCUGACGGGGCACAGGGUCAACUGGUGUCCGAGGCAAGUGUUCCCAUGGUUCACAGUAUACCUGAGUUGAAAGUCUGUCCGGAGUUAGCUGAGAAAAUUGGAAAAGAGGAUGAACAGAGGCUGCUGAGUGAUCGUAAACUAGCCCUCCUUGUGGAUCUUGAUCAGACAAUUGUGCACACGACCAAUGACAAUGUGCCUGCUGUCAUGAACGACGUUUUUCACUAUCAACUUUAUGGACCAAACUCACCGUGGUAUCACACACGUUUGAGGCCUGGCACUCGUCAUUUUUUGUCGGAAAUGAGUAAAUUGUAUGAGUUACACAUCUGCACCUUUGGAGCGAGAAAUUACGCGCACACAGUGGCUGCUUUGUUGGACAAGGAGGGGGCACUAUUUUCCCAUAGAAUUCUCUCGAGGGAUGAGUGCUUCAAUCCAGCAUCCAAGACAGCUAAUUUGAAGGCAUUGUUUCCAUGUGGUGACGAUUUAGUCUGUAUAAUUGACGAUCGUGAAGAUGUGUGGCAGGGCUGUGGUAAUCUAGUUCAAGUUAAGCCGUAUCAUUUUUUCAAGCACACCGGUGACAUUCAUGCUCCUCCAGGCCUAGAAAAACGAGACUUGCCGGAGAUUGCCGACACUAAUGAAUCAUCUAAUAUCACAGAAACUGUACAUAAGGAUGAUAUCAGGAAGGGAGAGAAUGGAAUUGUGGUAGAUAAAUCUGAGGGAAGUAGCCCAACAGAUAAAUCCCAAUCAAUAGUUGAAGAAUCCACAACAGAAGAGUCUAAAAAAGAAAACCCAUCCGAAGAAUCAAAACCAACGAGUGAAGAGUCUCGAGACGAUAGCCCACCACCGGAAGAUAAAAAUGGGGAAGGGAACAUCGAGGAUUCCAAAGAGAGUAAAGAAGAGGCCAAGGAGGACAAAGAGAAAAACAAAGUGGAUGUUGCUGGGAGUAAAAAAGAUUCCUCAGCUGAGGAUGACGACCACGACGAUUAUUUAUUGUACCUCGAAGACAUUCUCAGGAGAAUUCACGCGGAAUUCUACGAACACAUAGACAGGGGAGAGAGGAAACCCCUGAGGGAGAUCAUCCCCAAGGUCAAGAGACGUGUCCUCCAGGGAUUACAGUUGACUUUCAGUGGAUUAAUUCCAACACAGCAGAAAUUGGAAGACAGUCGAGCUUACAGAGUGGCUAAAGCUUUCGGAGCUGAGGUUGAACAGGAUCUAACUGUGAAAACAACACAUUUAGUGGCUAUCAAGCCAGGGACUGCAAAGGUGUAUGCAGCGAAAAAGAAUUCAGGCAUUAAAAUAGUCAAUCCUGAUUGGCUUUGGUCGUGUGCAGAACGUUGGGAGAGAGUCGAUGAGAGGCUGUUUCCACUGACUGCCAAGGCAAGGGGAUCCAGAAUACCGCCUCCACAUUGUAGUAGUCCAGAUCGAAUUGAGAUUGAAAAUCCAGUGACAGAUACAUUUGCCAAUACAAUAAAUCCUCUAAUGUCUUUCACGGAAGAAGAGAUCGAGAGCAUGGAUAAAGAAGUCGACGAGGACAUGACGGAUCCUGAGAUGGAUUCGUCGGUUGUUGAUGUUGAAGAUUUGGGGAUCAAGAGAGAAAUCGAUGAGAGUGAUAAUUCUGAUGAGGAAUAUGAACCCACGAAACGUAGGAAGAUAAACGAUAACUCCUCAUCAUCCUCGGGAGACAGAGAGAGACUAGACGAAGAUAACGAAGACGACGACGACGACGACGACGACGAAGAUAACGAAGAUGACGACGACGACCCAAUCACGAGAUUCAGGCGAGGUGAGGGGCUACCAGACGACCUGGAAAUGGGGGAUUCACAGGAUUCCGUGGAAGAGAUUGACGAUCCAGCGGAGGAAGACGAUGACAGAGAAUGGAAUGCCAUGGGGGCCGCGUUGGAGCGUGAAUUUUUGUCGGAAUGAGUACUAAAUACUUGAUUUAUCGACGAGUCAAGUAUUGUUACACGAAUUGUACAUUAUGAAAUUAUUUUUUUCCCAUUAUCCUCUAAUCAUGUUAUCAAAAUUGUACAUUCACACGACUUCGAAAUAUUUGUACGGAGGUAAAUACGUGAUUUACAUAUUUCACGUUCUGUUGAUAUUUCGCCGAAUUUUACGGAUAAAUCGAAUCCAUUUGUAAUCUCGU